AUGCCCUAAGCAUGUUAAAGUUCAUUAGAAAGAGCAAAAAAACUGAAGUGACUGUGUUAGCAGAGGAGAGAUGCUGCUGUGUUCAUGGAGUCUUACAUUCUAGCAAAUCAGUAACUGCUGUUUAAUAAAUUUUAGAUAAUCUACCUGCAAGUGCAUGAUAAAUCAGAACAUUGGACUGUUUAUGUGUAAUGGAGUCAUCAAAUUCUUAUUACGAUGACGGGACUGUUGAAACCGGCGAAGAUUCGGUUGGCGAAAAAGAUAACUACGACGAUAGGGCAGAUACUUGUUCAAAAGAUUGUGCAUCUGGGGAUAAUGCGGUAUUGAAUUCAAUUCAAGCUUUGGCACAAUUCAAUGUUGGUCAUGUAAACCCUGAAGAUCCAUCAGCGAUAGCUGAGGACAGUAUGCACCUGGAGCCUGAAGUUGGUAUGGUAUUUUACUCUGAAGAGCAGGCUUAUGAAGUUUAUAAUAAAUAUGCAAAGCGGAAAGGUUUUAGCGUACGAAAGGGUCAUCUUGGUAGAAGAAAAGAUGGUACCAUACGGGAUAGGGUUUACCUUUGCAGCUACGAAGGCACGCGUCAGAAGCAUUCCACACAUAACACAAGAAAACCUCGUCCAGUUUUCAGAACAAAUUGCAUGGCUCGGAUUGAGUACAAAGUGAACCGUGAUGGAGUAUGGGUUGUGAACAAAGUCAUAAAGGAGCACAAUCAUCCACUUAUACGCCCAAGCAAAGCGCACUUGUUAAGAUCUCAUCGGAGGCUGUUAUUAGCUGCUCAGGAUGGGCAACAGGUGAACCAAACCGAUAGUACUUUAGCAAAAUCUGCUGAUGGUGUUUCCGGAGAACAAGAUCCUGAAAGUGAAUCCCCUGUAGGCUUUCUUUUAAGGGUUCAAAGCAGCCAUCUUCAUACCAACAGGAUGAGAGAGCUUGAUAAAGGGGAAAUGCAAAUGCUUUUAGACUUUCUGGGAGCAAAGCAGUUGAAGGAUCCAUCUUUUUUUUAUGGAACACAACUAGAUGACAAAGAACAAGUGACUAACAUUUUUUGGGCAGAUGCAAGAUCAAUACUCGACUACUCCUACUUUGGUGAUGUGGUAUUAUUUGAUACAACUUAUCGAAUGAGCAAGAAUGACCUUCCAAUUGCCCAAUUUAUUGGGGUAAACCAUCACAAACAACUUGUAGUAUUUGGUUCUGCUUUACUGCUUGAUGAAACAACAGAAUCAUUUGUGUGGUUAUUCAGGACAUUUAUGGCUGCAAUGUCAGGUUGCCAACCAAAAACAAUCCUUACAGAUCAGUGCGCUGCAAUUGAUAGAGCUGUAGUUAUGACAUUACCUAACUCAUCCCAUCGUCUUUGUUUAUGGCACAUAUUGCAAAAUGCUGCUAAAAACCUUUCUCAUUUAUAUAGCAGCGACUCCAACUUUCAGAAGGAUUUUAAAAGUUAUAUUUAUGAAUGUAGUUCUGAAGAAGAUUUCCAUUCUGGAUGGAUUACGUUGCUUAACAAGUAUGAUCUUGCUGGAAACUCAUACCUCGAUGAUCUAUUUGGAGCUCGUGAGAAAUGGGCCUAUGUCUACAAUGGCAAUACAUUUUGUGCCAGUAUGAUCACUUUGGAGUGGAAUGAUAUCAUGAAGAAACACUUCAGGAAGUAUUUCAACAGAAAAUUAUCUCUCUCAAAAUUUAUCGAGCAAUAUUCCAAUUCAUUAUUUCAGUACCAUGAGAAGGAACUACAAGAAGACUUUAGAUCAAAGCAAAGUAAACCAGUGUUACUGGUUGAUAUGCCCAUGCUCAAUGAAGCCGCAGAAUCUUAUACUAGGCUAUUAUAUAGGGACUUUGAAGUUGAGUUCAAAGGGCAGCUUUCAUGCCUCUGUGAACUUAUUCGCACGGAUGAAAUGAUGUAUAUGUUCAGGGUUUCCCUUCCUGAGAAGCGUUGUUAUGGACUUGUUGAAUUUAGCCCUUCUAAUUAUACCGUCAAUUGCAGCUGUAAGAAGUUUGAGUCUACAGGAAUUUUAUGCAUGCAUGCAUUGAAAGUUCUGAAUAACAACAAUAUCCUUCAUCUCCCACGUCAUUACAUUCUGAAGAGAUGGACAAAAUAUGCAAAUGAUGGAAUCAUGAAUGAUAAGUUUCAGUCAAUCAUUGAAGCCAAUGCUAAUGAAUCUCUACUGAUGCUGCAGUACAGCCGAGUCUGUCACAAGGCUAUUACAAUUUGUUUGAAGAACUCAUGCUCCAAAGUGGCUUUGGGUAAAUUUGGACGUGAUGUGGAUAAGCUGAUGAUGGAAGUGGAGAAUUUGUUGCAUAAUCCAGCAUUGAAUAGGCAAACAGAAGAGCUGGAUAUUUUUGAAGAACUGCAUCAGGAUACAUCAGAAACAAGGAAGAAACGGAGAGGGAGAAAAUAUCAAUCAAAGGGUGUCCUUGAUAAAAAGCUGAAAGGGAAAGAUCAACCAAGCUGCAUUUCAGGCCAAGCUGACAUUUCAUCACACCCUUCCCAAAUUACAGGACAAACUAACAAUGUAUCAAUUCGAGCAAUGGUUGAGGAGUCCACACAUGUUCCGCCAUUUUAUAGAGAAACUGCCACUGCAUAUUGCAGUGUCAUUCCAGCACAACCUUCUGGAAUUUCCGGAUGUGCAUCGUUCCCACCCGAUACAGGAUUGCCUCCACAGGAAUCAUUUACUCCUUCACAAGUCAUAUUUGACCAUACAAUUGCAUCCCAAGGAGCAAAUAGUCCUAACUUGGCAUGGUGUGCUACUAGGGGCCGGGCAUCCAUCAGUGUACCAAUGCCACUCAUGCAAGGGCAGAACAGUAGUUACCUUAGUUGGGUUGUUCCAACCCACACUGUUUCAAAUGUUGGUAUGCCUCAACGUCAUUUGGAUCCACCAAUGCACACAACUGUUUCAAAUCAGCAUCAAUCAUUAUCCCGCAAGCUAAACUUUGACAUCAACAAAGAUAAUUGGGCUUCUUAUGAAGAGGAGCUUUAUCCAAUAGUCAGAACGCAGAGAUGCCCAUGUUAAAGCAGAGAAUUCAUGGAUAUUGGAUAUGUAAAAAGUUUCAUUUUCCUUUUUUCUGAGGCAUGGGCAUUAUGACCUGUGGUCUAUUUUAUUGUGACUGUUAAUACAAAAUGCCACUUUUCAUCGAACAUUUGUAAUUUUCAAUUUUGUAAAUGUAAUUUUUUUUCUUUUUCUUGCACUUUCAGUGAAUUCUACAAUUAGAAACCAUAAAAAUGGCAGAUAUGUUGAUUAGAUUGGACCCUCA